AUGGCGACUAGAAAGCUAAUUCGAGAUUUACUGAUCACAAAGCAGCCUUUUUUACGGCAACUGAUGCAGCAACGGGUUCUGAGAGCAAACGCAAGAUCAGAGUAUCUUCCUACUAUUGGAUAUGCGAGUCAUCGCAGGUUCAGCGUGCUAAGCGAGUUCUCCAAGAAUAUUAGAGGGGAAGCUGAGAGCAAUCCUGAAUUUAAAAGAACAGUGAAGGAGUUGAAGGAAAGAGCUGAAGAGUUGAAAGGUGUAAAAGAGGACCUGAAAGUUAGAACGAAACAAACGACUGAGCAGCUGUACAAUAAAGUUGAUGGUGUGUGGACUGAGACUGAAGCUGCGGCUAAAAAGGUCUCUUCAAGUGUGAAAGACAAGUUUUCAGCGGCCACAGAAGAGGUGAAGGAGUCAUUCAAGCUCGGAAAGGUGGAGAAUGCAGAGUCAGCAAGUUCAUCAGGCACAGGAACCUCUGGAGGAGAAAAACAGCAGCAAUCAGGUUCUACGGAGGAAUUACAUACAUUUUUUGAAAAAUUAAAGUCAAGUAUCUCUUCGCCAAAAGUAUCCGAGGCGUUUUAUAAGCUGAAGGAAGCGAAACCAUUUGAAGUUGUAAAGAAGGUACUUGACAUUGUAAAGGAUGAACUGCGUGGAAACACAUCUAGAAGGAAGUUCCUGGAAUAUACACCUCCCCCGCCAUUCACAGGUGAGAGAAGUACAAGAACCGAGAUGGUGGUUAUGCCAACAAAACAGUUCAAGUGGCAAACAAAAUGGGAAUCCUUUAGAGAAAAGAUGCAAAGUCUUCCUGUAUUUAAACGUAUAAGCGGGAUGAGUGUGCCUGUUGUAAACAAGAGCCAAGAGAUUGCAGAAGAUGUGAGGGAAGUAUGGGAAACUAGUGAUAAUCCGAUUGUUCACAAGAUUCAAGACAUGCAUGACAUGUUCUUGCAUGAAACAGAUUCUGCAUCAACUUACAAAGAAAUACACGGGCGAGAUCCAUCGUUCUCCUUGCCAGACUUUGCUGCAGAGGUUGAGGAAGCCAUUAGACCUGUCUUGAAAGCAUAUAGUGAGGGAGAUGUUGAGACCUUGAAGAAGUAUUGCAGCAAGGAAGUGAUUGAAAGAUGCAAAGCAGAGCUCACAACUUACCAAAGUCAUGGUGUCUUUUUCGAUAACAAGCUGCUGUACAUAUCUGACGUUGCCAUUCAAGAGACGAAGAUGAUGGGAACUUCCCCCGUAAUAAUAGUCAGGUUCCAAACGCAAGAAAUCUACUGCGCUCGCGACAAGAAUGGAGAAAUCAUAGAAGGAGGCCAGGACACCAUACACACGGUGCACUACGAUUGGGCAAGGCAACAAGUGGAGGCAGCAGAGUUGGGGGAAGAUGCUAUUUAUCCCAUUUGGAGGCUCAGAGAGAUGCAGAGAAAUGGUGUACAAGCUCUCAUUUAACUUUACAAUUAGAAAAUAAUUCAUUAACCUACUAAAAGCAAAGUACCAUUAUAUAUACUCAAACACUUUCUUAGUA